UAUACAACUGAGGGAUUAUCUUCCUGCAUAAGAUUUUGCUGCUUUCUGCGCAGAUUUUGCAUCCUGCUAUCGCUCUGUGCAGAAUAGUGUUAGCAAACGCUUGAAGUGCUUUGAUCCUGAAGGUUCACCGACGGAACGCGAAUACGCAGGGACAAUACUACCAGUGCGACAGUCGGGGAACUACUUACUGUGUACGAUCCUGAUCAUGAACGUGGUCAUCAACGCUGCCAUCUCAAUUUUAUUUGAGGAUAUGACCAGCGGCAUAGUAGCAUUCGUGCUCUCAUCGGUUGGUAUUGUGGUAAUCGGCGAAAUCAUCCCACAGAGCAUUUGCAUCAAGUCUGUUUACUAUCAGCACUGUUUUCUCGCGAGGCAAUAG